GAGGGCGCGGCUGGCCCUAGCGGGCGGUUUCACCUUCCCCCGGGCGGCUCGGGUUCCCGGAUCCGCUUACGCCGGGCUCCGCUGUCGCGGGACCUCGGGCGGGAGGCUCAGGUGCGCGCCGGACCCCACGCACCAUGGACAGUGCUGAGCCCCGCGAGCCCGGGGCCACCGAGCCCCCCGCCCGCGCGCGCCCGCGCUUAGUGUUCCGCACGCAGCUGGCGCACGGCAGUCCGACCGGCAGGAUCGAGGGCUUCACCAAUGUCCGUGAGCUCUACGCCAAGAUCGCCGAGGCCUUUGGCAUCGCUCCUACCGAGAUCCUAUUCUGCACCCUCAACAGUCACAAAGUGGACAUGCAAAAGUUGCUAGGGGGACAGAUUGGGCUGGAAGACUUCAUCUUUGCACAUGUGCGUGGAGAGACCAAAGAAGUGGAGGUCACCAAAACGGAGGACGCUCUAGGACUGACCAUCACAGACAACGGGGCCGGAUAUGCCUUCAUCAAGAGAAUCAAGGAAGGCAGCAUUAUCAACCGGAUUGAGGCUGUGUGCGUGGGGGAUAGCAUUGAGGCCAUCAAUGACCACUCUAUUGUGGGCUGCCGGCACUACGAGGUGGCUAAAAUGCUCCGGGAGCUGCCCAAGUCUCAGCCCUUCACCCUGCGCCUAGUGCAGCCCCGGAGAGCUUUUGAUAUGAUUGGCCAGAGGAGCAGGAGCAGCAAGUGUCCUGUGGAAGCUAAAGUGAGCAGCGGGAGGGAGACACUGCGCCUGCGCUCAGGGGGCGCUGCCACUGUGGAGGAGGCGCCCAGCGAUGUGGAAGCGGCAGCGGCACGCAGGGUGGACGACCUGCUGGAGAGCUACAUGGGCAUCCGAGACCCCGAGCUGGCGGCCGCGGUCGUGGAGACUGCUCGGAGCUCGGCGGGAGCCCAGGCUUUCGCACGCGGCCUGGACGCCGUUCUGGGCGAGUUCGCCUUUCCAGACGAGUUCGUGGUGGAGGUGUGGGCAGCUAUCGGCGAGGCCCACGACGCUUGUGGCUAGCGUGUGUGGGAGUCUCAAGUCCUGGGCCCAGCCCCCUGCCCCAACGCCACUCCAGAACCCAGGAUAGCCCUGAGACACGGCCUGCCACCAGAACCCGACCCAGUUCUGAGACCCAGGCCCACCCUGAGGUCCAGCCUGGUUCUAGCACCCAGUUUAGCUCUAAGAGCCAGCCAGAACCCCAUCCCUGUUCUGGAACCCAGGUUAGUUCCGAGGGCCAGUCCAGCUCUAGAACCAAUACUGAAGUCCGGCCCAGCUCUAGAACCCGACCCAGUUCUUUGACCCAGGCCCACCCUAAGGCUCAGCUUGGUUCUAGCACCCAGUCAGAAUCCCAGGCUGGUUCUGGAACUCAGGUUAGCCCCAAGAACAGCUCCUGCUCUAGAACCAAAGUUGAUGUCUUGCCUAGCUCUAGAACCCGAGCCAGUUCUGUGACCCAGGCCCACCCCAAGGCUCAGCCUGAUUCUAGCACCGAGCUCAGCUCUGAGACCCAGCUGGAAUCCCUGGUCAGCCCUGAAUUCCAGUCCUGCUCUAAAACCAAAAUUGAAGCCCAGGACAACUCUAGAACCCGAUCCAGUUCUGUGACCCAGGCCCACCCCAAGGCCCAGCUUGGUUCUGUAACCCUUGUUUCUGAAGUCCAGCCAGCCUUUAGAUCCCAGCCUAGUCCUGACUCCAGAACACAGGUCAGCUCGGAGGCUCAGGCUGGCUUUGGAACCCAGAGCAGCCCCAGGCCUGAGCCUUGUUCUAAAACUCAUCUUGAACCUGACUGCCAACCCAUCCCUAGAACCCAGCCUGGCUCUGAGGUCCAGCCAGGCUUUGAGGCCACACCCCAUUCUGGAGCCCAGGGAAAUUCUGACACUCAUGCCCGACUUAGAACCCAAGCCAGCCCUCAGGUCAACUUCUGCUUGGAGACCAAGUCCACUUCUAGAACACAGUCAGGCUCUGAGAGUGGGCUUGGUUCUAGAACACAGAUCCACCCAGAUAGGAAGCCAUGCUCUAGAGCCCAGCCAGACACUGGGACCAACUCUGAUGCUGCAGCUCAGGUCAUGGCUGACCCUCAGCCUUCCAGAAUGCAGCCAAGCCCCGUCCCACAGCCACACUCUGAAAUCCAGACAAAUGUUAGGAGACAGCUGGGCUCAGAGCACCACCCCAGCAGCCAGUCUCGGAAGCCAGGUUCUGAGAGCCAGCCCAGGUAUGAGACAGCCGCCACCAUGGCCUGGCCCUUCCCUGAGACUUGGAGUGGUUCAGGAAGAAGGGCUUGCUUGGGACCCCAAGCAAGGUCCAGCAAGCCACAGACUGAUGAAACCCAAGCAGGCUCGAGUAGCCAGCCAUCUUCCACACCUCUGCCUAGCGCAGGCACCCAGAGCCAUACUGCUGCCCAGUCCAAACUCAAACCUCAGCCUUGUUCCCCAGCACAGCUACCUGCCAGUGCCUCCCAAAGCCCUGAACCCCAAGCUAGCCCCAGUGAUGAGUCUGACUCUGAGGCCCAGCCCAGGGGCAGGAGCAGGAAGGCUCUGACAGCAGCGCCCCACCCCCAAAUGCCAUGCACUCCCAAAACGAGGCCCAGCUCGGGGUUGUCUCAGAGUGCCGACCCCACCCCACCCAGAAGAUGGCUUGCAGGCUCCAGGGCACAGUCUGACUCUGGGACCCAGACCGACUUCCAGGCCUGGCCUAGCUCCGGAGCCUACGCAGGUUGGGCCAGACAUCGAACGUCCCAGCUACAGUCAUUGGCAGAGAAGGAGCCCAGCUCCAGGUCCCUUUCUAGUUCUGGAGGCAGAAAACAGCACCUGGUGACAACUGGAGCCAGCUGUGUCCCCCAGCAGGACACAGGGCAGUGGCUUGGCUCUGCAGCCCACUCAGCCUCGAGAACCCAAGUCAGUCUUCAGGUUCCACCAAGUACUGGAGCCCAGCCCAGUGCUGGGAAGGAUUCCAGUUCCAGAACU